CUAAGAAAGAUAGAUAGAGAGAGAAAAGUUUGUUGGAAGGAGUCUUCUCUCUUCAUCUAAAGAGAGAGAUAGAAAGAGACGGCGACUCAAAUCUAUCUUUCUUCACAUUCACGCCUUUACAGGAGGAUCUAGAUCAAAUCUCCCGACGAGUGGAAUCGCAGCAGUGAUUACUUCAGAGAAGCUUGAUCUUUACCUUUCUUGGUUUUUGUGUGUCUUCUGCUUCCACUCUCCUGACGCGAGAGGGUGUUUAGAGAUUGGAGGAAGAGGAAGAAGAUGGAAGCUAACGGGACGGAGAGAGAAUAUAUAAGGAGGCACCAUAAGCAUGCGCUUUUGGAUAAUCAGUGCAGCUCUACGCUGGUUAAACACAUCCAAGCUCCUGUUCAUAUAGUAUGGUCACUUGUGAGGAGAUUCGAUCAGCCACAGAAGUACAAACCAUUUAUCAGUAGAUGUGUGGUGAAAGGAAACAUGGAGAUUGGUAGUGUAAGAGAAGUUGAUGUGAAGUCAGGAUUACCAGCUACUAGAAGCACUGAGAGGUUGGAGUUGCUUGAUGACAACGAGCAUAUUCUUAGCAUGAGGAUCGUUGGUGGAGAUCACAGACUCAAGAACUAUUCUUCAAUCAUAUCUCUUCACCCUGAGAUGAUAGAAGGAGGAAGAAUAGGGACACUUGUGAUUGAGUCUUUCGUGGUGGAUGUACCGGAAGGGAACACAAAGGAUGAGACUUGUUACUUUGUGGAGGCUCUGAUCAAAUGCAAUCUUAAAUCUUUAGCUGAUUUCUCCCAACGCCUUGCGGUUCAAGACACAACAGCUUCCACAUGAACAGAGUCUACGAGAAGAAAGAAGGAUUCAAGAAGAAACACUAUUGAAAUAAGGAGUCAAAGAGAGAGAGAGAGAGAGAGAGAGAGAGAGAUUUGGUGCCGUGGAUGAAGCUUUCAGAGGGAAAAGAGAGUCUCUUUGAGGAUGGACAAGGCAAAUAAUAAUCACCAUUUUAUUACCAUUACACAAUAAUAAGUUUCUAUAUUAAACUUUUUAAUUUGAUGAAUGUUUUUGGUUUCUUUAUUCUCUGAAGAACCAAAAAUAUGAUUUUGGAGAUUUGGCUUAUUGCCACCACUUGCAGGAAUCUUUUACAAUUUGCAGAGAGACAUGUUAAAAGAUGUGAUCAUGGGGUUCCACUCUUCCUUCCCCCUUUUUUGUAACACUUUCUUCUUAAUUUUAUUUUCUAUUUUUUUUUGUUUUA